UGAAAGAGAACUUAGCUAGAUAGCGAGAGGCUAGGCUUCUUCUUCUGUUUUAAUUUUCUUCCUUGUGCGUGUGUCAAUGGCUGGCGUAGAACCUGUGCAUGUUCAUGAGGCUGUCGCGGCAUUGCAGGGAGACAUGGCUGACAAUAUUGAUCAACUCGGUACUAUUUCAAGCCUCGCUGCGGCUAAGAGGAGGCAACACCGUAGGCAGUAUCUGAGGCGUACCAUAGUGAGGCCACCUAUAGCGUCGGCUCUGCCUUCCCUUCCGGCGCCAAAGCCCCCGCUAAUCAAUCCAUCAACGCUGAGAUUUCUCUUCGAGAAGAAAUUGAGGAAAAGUGAUGUGAGUUCUACUGGACGCAUUGUGAUUCCAAAGAUUGAAGCUGAAAUGUAUCUCCCUACACUGGAUGGGAGAGAAAACGUCAGCAUGCAAUUGGUUGAUAUGUACAGUCAGCAAGUUUGGAGCUUCAAAUUCAGGUUUUGGGCCAAUAAUCACAGUCGCAUGUACAUAUUCGAUGACACGAAGGAAUUCAUCAAGGUGCAUAAAUUAGUUGUUGGAGACUCCAUUACAGUGUUCCAAGAUUAUCAGUAUGGCAACUAUCUCAUCGGUGCUGGUAAGAAUGGCGUCGAACAAGUUCCGUCUCAUACAACAGAUAACGCCGUGAAGGCAAACUUGCCGGCUAUGGAUGAAUAUGGUAAUUCGUCGCUUUAUUAUGGAACCACCAACAUGAUCAAUGACUACAACGUUGCCACAGAUAACGCCGUGAAUGCAAAUUUGCCGGCUAUGGAUGAAUUAUAUGGUUCGUCGCUUUGCUAUGGAAUUAGCACCAACAUGACGGACGACUACAUUUCCUUCUACAGUGGAUUGAGCCCAAACAACCCACAACUUGACCCAUUCAAUGACUACCCCACAGCCUUCUACAGUGGACAGAACCCAGACAAUCCACAGCUUGACCCAUCUAAUGACUACUCCUCGGCCUUCUACGCUGGACUGAACCUAGGAAUCCCACAGAUUGACCCAUAUAAUGAUUACUCCACGGCCUUCUACACUGGACUGAACCCAGAAAUCCCACAGAUUGUUGACCCAUCUAAUGACUUCUCCACUGCCUUCUACAGUGGACAGAACCAAGACAAUCCACAGCUUGAGCCGCCUGCAUUAUUGGGGAAUCUGAACCACCAACUUUUUAAUCGUACGGAUGGCAUCGUAGUGAAUUCAAACUUACCCGUUGACACUGUGGAUGAAUAUGGUUUACCGAUUUAUAAUGGAACACCUGAAAUGGAUGACUAUUCCAUGGACUUCUACAGUGAAGCGUAUCCACAGCCCGAGCAAUCCGCCUGCUCUAACUUGCUGGAUUUUGCUAAUCUCUUCGGAUGAUCAAAAUCUAAUGGUAAGUUAAGGGGCAUCGACAGUAUCUACCCGAUCGGAAACUACCUCAAAUCCGACCU